AUGGGAAAAUUGGCCGAUUGGCUUGUGGAAGCCGGCCAUAAUGUCACGUUUUAUCAACAACACGUCUCCGAUCUUACAAACAAAGUCGGAACUAGGCUAGCGAGAACUGUCGUGCGUCCAAAGCCUAAUAUUUCGGUUGCCACUGACCCAGGACAAGAUCAGUUUUGGAAACCAACGGCAUUAGCAAAUGCAGCGGUAAGUAAGGGUCGAAUUAAAAGGGGAACACCGUAUUAGCAAAAUAAGCUGACACAGAGUCCUUCGAGAGCAAAAAUCUUUGUUCCUUCAAGAGUAAAAACCUAUUUUCAGUUCUUGCGCUACUUCGGCGCACUUCAAGGCCAAGCUUGUCGGGGUAAGUCCACACCUUUCAAUCAAAAUGUAAUAUUUUUCUUUUACGACUACAUUUUUGAAUUUAGCUCAACUACUGGACCCCACACUCCCAGAACAACUCCGCGAUGAGAAAUACGACUUUGCUCUUCUCGAAUACUUUGAUCAAUGCGGGUAUGCGCUACUAGAGAAAGCUGGAAUCAAGAAAUACGCAAGUUUAUCGGCGUUCAUGCCUCCCGCACCACUCUAUGGAGCUCUAGGUUUGCCACUCGGAAUUGGUGUUGUACCAUGUAAGUUGAUUAAUUUUCUUGUAACAGAACUACCUAUUAUGCCACAAAAAGAUUAAUCUCCACCAUUUUCAGCCUGGAGCGACAAACUCAGCUCGAAUCCGACCUUUUCCGAACGACUUCGAGCCUUGGUCAACCAUCUACUGCAAAUCAUUUACGCUGGAAAAAUUACGAACCCUUCGUUGUCUGUUAUCCAAGAUCUCCACGACAAAAACUUCAACCAUCUCGAGAAAAUCUCAAGAAGUUCCUAUAUCUUCACAAAUGUCGAUGAGCAUCUCACAUUUCAACAUGCAACCUCAUCCAAAUUGAUCUUCAUCGGCGGAUCUGAUAUGAAAAAUCAUAAACCAAAGCCACUUCCCUCAGACUUCCAAAAAAUAGUCGAUAAUUCGAAGCGCGGAGUUGUCCUAGUUUCCUUCGGAACCGUGACAAUGGCUUACAAGAUGCCCCAGGAAAAGAAGGAGGCGUUUGAGGAGUUGUUCAAAAGAAACUCUGACAUUGAUUUCAUUUGGAAGUACGAAGUUGAAGACGACGUAGCCGCUAAUUUGACUAAUGUCCACAAAAGGAAAUGGAUGCCUCAACACGACUUGUUGGGUAAGCUAGUUUCCUUGUUAAUAACCCUUGGUUUUUAGCGAAUCCCCGAACUCUCGCAUUUAUCACCCAUGGUGGGCUCAACAGUCUCAGCGAGACAGCCGAAAUGGGAGUGCCAACAAUUUGCGUCCCAUUCUUCGCUGAUCAAGUCCCCAACUGCCAAGCCGCCCAAUACCAUGGGAUUUCAAUCCCACUUGACAAAAUCAGUCUAAAUGCGGCUCACUUGGACGGUGCGUUGGGAAAACUGCUAGCGGAUCCAAUGUAAGGGUUAAAACCAACACUUUCUCACCAAAAAUGCCAUUUCAGUUAUCGCCAACGAGCUCAGGACAUGGCCGAUCUCAUGAACAACAAGCCAUUCUCACCUAGGGAGCGGUUCGUGCGUUAUGUGGAGCAUGCGAUAAAAUACAAUGUCCACGAAGCCUUGGACUUGCCAGUUCGAACUCAAGGAUUUAUUAAAUCGCAUAAUAUUGAUUUUAUCCUAUUUUUCGCCACAGUUCUCUUGUUGUCUUUCGUUGCACUUUACUACAGUGUACUUUAUACUGUAAAACUGCAACUCAACAUUGUAAAUAACUUUAUUAGUAAGACAAAAACCGCAUAGCUUUAUGCUGUAAAUUAGUAAUUUGUUAUCGUUGUUUUUGAGAUAAAUGUAAAAUAUCUCUUCAUUUUCUUCAUUCGCAUGCUGUGAUUGACAGAGAAAGUGCAAGGCACAUAAACAAUCAAAAUAGCAUCAACCUUGGAGUUUGCGCUUUGUGAUCCCCGCUAAAACUGUUAUUUCCCUAGUUGUAUCUUAUCCCAACUGAUGAAACACACACGUUAAAAUCACAUUUCUCUCGGAAAUCGGAAUUGAACGCCGUGAUUACUGUAACCACAAUUUUUCUAGCCUACUGCGCUAACUGCUCCCUACACUUUAAAGUCGCGAUUAGCCUUUGAAUUUAUCGGUGUCGUGUGCGACCGGUUCUAAAACAGACAAAAAAUUUGGAGAAGCACAUGAAAUCAAUUGAAAAUUUCGGAGUCUGCUCCAAUUUUCUGUGUUUUGUGGGAUCAAGCGCGUCACAAAUCAGGACUACAAGUUAUAAAAGCGGGAGAUCACAGCGGAAAAACGUACGACGAACUUUUGUCAUCAACAACAUUCGUGUUGACCGCGAAUUGAUAAGGAAGCUUCGAAAGAGCAAUUAUUUCAUUCGUUCUUUAAAAAUUGGAGUGCACGCUUCUUUGCAUCCACCUUAUAAAAUUUUGGGCUCAACGGCAAUGAAUUUUACCAAUAUUUUUGCACUACUAUUCCUUUUAACUACAUCUGAUGCCCACAAUAUUUUAUUCUACAGUUCGGCACGCAUCGCCCAAUCCCAUAUUUUCUUUAUGGGAAAAUUGGCCGACUGGCUCGUCGAGGCUGGCCAUAAUGUCACUUUUUAUCAGCAACACGUCACUGAUCAUACGAAUCAAGUCGGCACUAAGCUAGCGAGGACUGUGGUGCGGCCGAAACCCAAUAUUACAGUGGAUACGGACCCCGGGCAAGACAUUUUUUGGAAACCAACGGCGCAGUCGAAUACCGCGGUAAGUGCUUCUAAGUGCCACUUCUUUAGUUUCGCUAUAACCUACAAAAGUUACUUAUCAGUGAACUCUAAAUAUUUCUUUCAGUAUCUAAAGCACUUCAUAUAUCUUAGCAGCCAAGUUUGUCGAUGUAAGUUUAAGCUUAUUAAAAUGCCACCUAAUCUCAAAUUGCAAUGUAAUUACCAUUGAUUUCAGCUCAACUCGUCGACCCCCAACUCCCCGAACAACUACGCAGUGAGAAAUAUGACUUUGCGGUGCUUGAAUUCAUUGAUCGGUGUGGCUAUGCUAUACUGGAAAAGGCGGGAAUCGAGAAAUAUGCAACUUUGACAGCCUUUAUGCCGUCUCGGCCAAUUUACGCUGCUCUAGGACUUCCGCUAGGAAUUGGAUUUGUGCCAGGUAAAAAAGUUGUCAAAGUAUACUUUUAUUACACCAGAGAUACAUUUACACAGGUUACUUGUUAAGUAAUGAUUUUCAGGACUGUACAUAACCUUGACGACGGUUAACCUUAACUAUGGCUAAUCAAACCUAAACCUAUACAUUUUUCAGACUGGACCAGCGAAUUCAGCGCAAUGCAAACCUACUCCGAGCGCCUUCAAGCAUUCGCCAACCACCUAUUAAACCUUGCCUUCAUGGAAAAAGUCAAAACACUCCCCACAACAGCUGCCAUUCAAGAGCUCCACGACAAGAACUUCAACGUUAUCGAGAAAAUCGCAAAGAGCUCCUACAUCUUCACAAAUGUCGAUGAGCAUCUUUCAUUUCAACAUCCAACCUCAUCCAAACUAAUCUUCAUCGGCGGAUCUGAUAUGAAAAAUCAUAAACCAAAGCCACUUCCUUCAGAUUUCCAAAAAAUAGUGGACAACUCGAAGCGAGGAGUUGUCCUAGUUUCCUUUGGAACAGUGACAUUGGCUUACAAGAUGCCUCAGGAAAAGAAGGAAGCAUUUGAGGAGUUGUUCAAGAGAAACCCUGACAUUGAUUUCAUCUGGAAAUACGAGGUGGAAGAUGAAGUCGCAGCAAAGCUACCCAAUGUCCAUAAAAGGAAAUGGAUCCCUCAGCAUGAAUUGCUGGGUAAGUGCAUUGGAAAUAGCUGCUAAAAAAGUUGUUUUUUGCAAAAGGGCAAAUAUACAAGGGAGAAUAGCACUUUUGAUGUCGGGGUAAACCGAGUUUCUCUUUCAAACAAUUCGAAGUUAUCAACAGCUAACCUGUGUAUACAGUGGCGCACCUGAUCCAGUGGCAAAAAAUUGCCAUUUAGCAUCCGUGAAGUACCAAAAAAUGUAGCAAAAUACCUUCCCUUCCACGUGAAAAAAACUCUGGUUUCAAAAGCGCGCCCGUUCUUUUUGUGAGGGAAAGGCGCCCUUCAAAACGGAGUUUUUUCACUUGGAGAGGGAGGUAUUUUGCAACAUUUUUUGUCGCUUCCCGAAAGCAAAAUGGUACGUUUUUUGCCACUGGAUCAGGUCCGUCAUUGUACUUUCGCCAUAUUUUUCAGCCAAUCCCCGAACUCUCGCUUUUAUUACCCAUGGUGGGCUCAACAGUCUCAGCGAGACAGCCGAAAUGGGAGUUCCGACCAUUUGUAUCCCCUUGUUCGUCGAUCAAAUCCCUAACUGCCAAGCCGCCCAAUCUCAUCGAAUUUCAAUCCCGUUGGAUAAAAUGAGCUUGAACGCUGCUGAUUUGGACGAAGCGCUGCAAAAACUUCUGGCAGACCCAAGGUAAGACGACGAACAACAAUUUCUAAUUAAGAAAUCUUCAGUUAUCGCCAGCGCGCUCAGAACAUGGCCAACCUCAUGAACAACAAGCCCUUCUCACCACGCGAACGAUUUGUGCGUUACGUCGAGCAUGCUGUUAAAUACGACGUACACGAAGUUUUGGAUUUGCAAAUUCGAACUGAAGGGUUUAUCAAGUCCCACAAUAUCGAUUUCAUCUUAUUUUUGGCCAUAAUCACUUUGCUAUCAUCAGUAGUGGUUUACUACAGUGUAUUUUACACUGUAAAACUGCUGCUAAAAGUUGUAAUCAUCGCGGGAAAGACAAAAACCGAAUAA